CCCUGGUGCAUGCACUUUAUUCACGAUACUCAGAUAUAUAGUCUGCAACAGUGCACCUAACGAUUAAACCAAAUAUUUAGUGAAUAACACAGGUUUGGUUUUUAUGUAGCUGCCAGAAUAAAAGCAGUUCUCCUCGCAGACGCUAGACGUCAGUAGAAAUAUUUCCAGAGGAUUUUUUUUUCCUGUUUUCCGGGACAUAAAGUGAAACUGUAGCUGAUUUAACACCAAGCUACAGCUGUCCUGUUUUAUUCUGCAGGUUAGACACUGGGCCCUCUCUGCAGCCUGUGAGGAUGUCAGCUGUUAAGAUGACAGAGGGGAGUGUGCAGGUGGAGAGCUGCAAAGCCUCGUUGUUCUACAGACAGAGUGAACCUGCCUCAGGGGAAGUGAGGAUGUCAGUUUUACUCCUUCACGGCAUCCGUUUCUCAUCAGAAAACUGGCUCAACAUCGGCACUCUGGAGACUCUGGCCAAAGCAGGCUGCCGUGCUGUCGCCAUCGACCUGCCAGGACUCGGUCAGUCUAAGUCAGCCGUGGCCCCGGCAGCGGUUGGAGAACUGGCCCCUGCAGGUUUCCUGAAAGAGGUGUGUGAGCAGCUGAGCCUGAGCCCGGUGGUGCUGAUCAGCCCCUCCCUCAGCGGGAUGUACUCCCUCCCCUUCCUCCACCAGCACCAGGCUCUGGUACGAGCCUACAUCCCUGUAGCUCCCAUCUGCACCGACAAAUUUACAGCGGAGCAGUACCAGAGUGUAAAGGUCCCAUCGCUGAUUGUGUACGGCGACCAGGACACUCAGCUCGGAGAAGUGUCACUGAACAACCUGAGCAAUCUGGCCAAUCACAGGGUGGUGGUGAUGAAAGGAGCCGGUCACCCCUGUUACCUGGACGACCCAGACACUUGGCACAAAGCUCUCAUUGACUUCCUUAAUAAGCUGUGAAGCUCCUCGCUGUGUGUCAGUGGGGAGAUUCUCAGCAGCAACAGUCACACAUAAAUGACUCACAGGAGCCACACAAAUAAGCACAUUAUUCAUUCAUGAGAAAUUUAGGUCACAGACGUCCUCCUGCACGAAGUGAUUCUCACUUUUUAAACAGUGUCAGUAAUAAAACUGGAAAUCAAGACUUUUCUAAUGCUAAGAGGAAACGAGGCUCAAACUUUCAAUGAUCAUGUGAGGAAAAUGCUUAUUCACUUUGCUGCCAAAAGUUAGAUGAGAAGAUUGAUAUUGGUAUAUGUUAUAUAUGAAGCUACCACUAACAGCUGGCUAACGUAGCUUAGCAUAAUGACGUGAAACCAAGUGGCAACCUCCGAGGCUGAAAAAUGAAGUCAAUGUGGAAGUGCUAAAAACUGCAGUUCCUUGAAUGGCCACAUGAGACUGGCUCCAAAAGUGAGUCAGUCCCCUCCGACUACGAUGUAAAAAUGCCCAACUUAACAGUAGAAAUAAACAUGUUUACAGCCUUAUAUGGAAAGAAAAAAAAAAAAAAACGUCCAAGGUUCACCACGGUCUAAAGUGCCUUUCACACAUAUAGUACGUUGGAAACCUGAAAUUAUCUAGACAUUACCCGGAGGAGCUGUAUGUGAGAACAAAAAUGUGGGAAUCAGUUGAUUUAAACAGAUUUUUUUCAAGGAUGAAGAACGGUAAUAUACACGCAGACGGCAACAACAGUGGCUAACUGGAGAGAUUACAAGGAGCUUCUGUCAGAAAGGGCCAAAGCUAAACGGAACGGCAAGGGACUCUGUUGGCUAUGUCUAAAAUAUGAAACGGCUACGUGAGCACUGUGUAAUCUGCGUUAUCGGAAUAUUUCCAGUUAACACAUUCUCACUCCGACCUUGUCACGUAUUGACGUUUGGUCAUGGACUUUCCACGUCCACAUACGUUGUGCAAGGUACCCUGGGUGUGUUGGUUGUUGACGUUCUGGGACACUGUGUCAAGU